CACUAUUUCUAUAAGAAAUUAUCUGAAAGUGGUAUCCUGAGGGACUGUUUAGUCCCUUUUAUAACUAAACAGUUUUUCGCAAUAGUUUUACAACACUGUUUUAGAUGCCGAAAAAUAUCCACCAACACAACACAAAUUGUUUACACUAAUUGUAUACAUUUUUUUAAGUGUUCGCUAGUUUUUAAAAACAUAAUUGGCAGUUUUUAAAAUUAAAAUAAAUGAAUAAAUCGCAAAACAUAUUUCAUUAUAAAGUAUUUAAAUAAUGGCAGUUUAUGAUUCAAAGGAAUGGCGAGAGUUUUUCGACACAUACGCCAGCCUGAGUGAGCUUUGGCUGCCAAGUAAACGGGAAAAGAAAAAGUCACGUGAAAAAGCCUGGAAAGUAUUACUAAAAAAAUAUGAAGCUGUAGAUCCAAAAGCUGAUGAAUCUAGAUUGAAGCAAAGAGUGGCUAGUAUACGCUUUUGCUAUAAGCGCGAGUUAAAAAAGGUACAAAAAAGUCUAUUAAAGGCUGUAACAGAGGAUGAUAUCUACUCUCCGAAUUUAUGGUAUUAUGAUAAAUUAGAAUUUUUAAAGGAUUAUCUUGGAACACGCUCUACCAAUUCACAUAAAUCUGAAAUCAAGGAACAAAUUGACGAAACAAGUUUUACCGAUUCAGAUUCGAUGCCCAAUUUAUCAAUUCCGGACCCAUACAGUAGUUGUAGAGAAGAAACCAUUAACAUCGUUCCUAAAGAUAAUGCAAUAACAUGUGCAGAGCAAUAUAAACAAAUGGAUGAUGCUGAUUUUUAUGCAUCUUGUUGGGCACGUUCAUUUUCAAAAUUAUCUACUUUACAACAAAUUUAUGCAAAACAAGCAAUAGAUGAGAUACUCAUACGUGGUCAACUACAACAACUUACACAAAAUUAUUUGGCUCCAAUACCUGUUCCACAAGUUGCUGGAUAUUUAUUAACAAAAAAUAUUACAACUGCACCAAUUGUAUUUCAGACUUAAGGACUUAUAAAACUAUUAAACAGUGUUCUCACUGUUUUCUAAAUAUUUCAAUAGAGCUUACAUUAUUAAAA